AUGAAACGGAAUUUCGUGAUAUUAUUCGGGUUUGUGCUGUGCACAGGUGCAUGGGAUAUAUCCGCAGGGCAGGACACCUAUACGGAUGCUUUGCAAAACUCACAUAACACAGAUCAUGAUGGUCUUGGCGGAGGCUAUCAGUAUAACCCGCCACCAGAUAAUAGCUAUUUGCCCCCAGAUAAUAGCUAUUUGCCUCCAGCGCCAACACCCCCGGCUCCAGUCUACGGUCCUCCGCCCGUCCCAUUCUACAACUCCCCCCCGCCAGUGUACUAUAAGCCCGCUCAUCCUAUACCAUAUCAGGCGCACGAUUCAAUUUUAGCAAAGCUUAAGUCUAAAAUAAGUCUGCUAACUCUCGGCAAGAUCGUCUUGAAACUCUUAAUAUUCAAGAAAAUAGUUAAAUUUAUCGGCAUCAUUUGCUUGCUGCUCGUUUUGCCCAAGCUGAAGCAUAUGUUCACCGAUAAUAUGUCAAUGGAAGACGAAAUCAACAGCAAGCACGUGGAAACGGAUAAGGAAAAACUUCAAAAACAUAUUGAUAGUGUGUAUGAUUUUAUAAUGAGCUCCAUUCAAGCCUUUGAGGAAGAAACUACAUAACAGUUUGAUAAUAGUUUUAGAUUUGUAUCUGCAAGAGUAUU